AUGAUCAUGAGAAAUGAUAUACUUUCUAAGAUAUUUACUAAAACAAUUUUCUUUAAUUGUUUAAAUUGUUCUGAUGGUUGUAAUAACGAGACUGGCUAUUGUAACGGAAGUUGCACGUAUGGUUAUUAUGGAUCCGAAUGUAAUUCGACAUGUCCACAACACUGUUAUAUAAGAUGUCAUAGAAAUACUGGCGAAUGUACAGAUUGUAAGACUUCCUAUUAUGGUAUAAACUGUACAGAAACCUGCUCGGAAAGAUGUCAUCACAAGUAUUGCAAUCAAAGUGGAUUUUGUUUAUCUUGCGAGGCUCCUUACUAUGGAGAUCAUUGUGAGAAGAUUUGUCCCUCAAAUUGCAAAGAAGUGAAUGGCUGUGAUCGACAAACCGGUGAAUGUAUAUAUGGCUGCAAUGAUGGGUUUUGGGGAAAUUAUUGUGAAAACAAUUGUAGUGACAGUUGCAAAUCGGCUUGUCAACGACAUUAUGGCACUUGUUGGGGAUGUAAACCUGGGUUCGGUGGUUCCAACUGUCAACUGAACUGCAUAGCACACUGUGACUUUUGUUCAAGGAACGAUACCUGUAAUGAAUGUUCGAAAGGCUGGUUUGGAAACAAGUGUGAACUUCAAUGCCCAGUUAACUGUCGAAAUUCGAUUUGUUCAAAAUUUGAUGGUUCUUGUACCUGUUCAAAAGGAUGGUAUGGACAAAACUGCAAUAAUACAUGUAUUGAGAACUGUGAUUCCUGCAUUGAUAACACCACUUGUAAUGUAUGCUCAGAAGGAUAUUAUGGUCGAUAUUGUGAAAGUUCUUGUCCGUCUAAUUGUACAAAAUGUAAUAGAAGUGGCGAAAAAUGUACUCGAUGCAAUUCAGGUUUAUUUGGUGACCAAUGUACAUGUGACGUGGACCAAUGUUCGAAACAUGAAUCACUGUCGCAUUGUGUCGAAUGUAAAAAUUCUGGUUGGUAUCCGAAAAUAGGAGGAUGUUGUAGAUGCAGUGACAAUUGUAAGGGUGGGCAUUUUAAAUGUGACAAUACCAGUGGUGUAUGUUUAGACGGGUGUGAGUCAGGAUAUUACGGGAAGCACUGUAUUGAUAAAUGCAGUAGCCAUUGUAUUGGAAAUGGCACUGUCUGUAAUUCAACAACCGGUGUAUGUCCGUAUGGAUGUGAACCUGAUUGGUAUUAUUCCACAUGCAAAUACGGAUGUUCACUUCUGACGCCACACUGCUCCAAAUGUACCCAGUUUAAGGAUAAUAUCAAUAAUUUUGAAAGUGCCGGUUGCGAUGAGUGUGAUGAUGGGUUUUACAAACCCGUACUUAGAGAGUUUUGCGCACCUUGUGAAAAUUGUUUAUAUGAUAAAUGUAAUGGCCGUACAGGACGUUGUCUUAAAGGUUGUAAGGAGGGAUGGUAUAUGGAUCCUUACAGUUUAGGGAAAUGUGAUCGAGAAUGUGCCACUAGCUGCUUUGAAGGUCUCUGUGACCCAACCAAUGGCACAUGCAUACAUGGAUGCAAAGAUGGUUGGACAGGUGACAGCUGUAGUUUUACCUGUUCCAGUUAUUGUUUAAACAAAACUUGUGAUCAGUUUUCUGGUGAUUGCAUUACAUGUAUACCUGGAAGAUAUGGUAAUAUGUGCUAUUAUUCGUGUGGUAACUGUCUUGGAGGAACAUGUAAUCACACUACUGGCAUUUGUGAAGAAUCAAGCUAUUUGUUGACAAAUAUCAUGCCCAACUCACAGAAUAUGAAAAGUACGUACCUUAUUACUAAGUAAAUUUAGCCUACUUACUCGUCUGUAAAGUUUUAUAUAUAUAAACACAAACUGGAUUACUAAAUUCCGAUUGCACUUUACGUGAUUAUAUAUUACACACAAAUAUAGGGACAAUAUCCAUGAUUUUAACGUUAGACAUGCCAUGAUAAUCAUACUUAUU